AUGCCACAGGGCUUGGCUGCUCCCUUGCUCCUGCUGAUCCUCCAGGGAGCUCGGGGCUGCCUGGACCUCACCUGCUACACUAACUACCUCUGGACUGUCACCUGUGUCCUGAAGACACAGACCCUCCACCCCUACACACUUUCUCUCACCUGGCAAGAUGAGUACGAGGAGCUGCAGGACAAAGAAACCUCUUGCAGCCUGCAUAGGUCGGACCACAACGCCACACACGUGCUGUACACGUGUCACAUGCCCUUGUCUGGAUUCAUGGCUGACGACGUUUUCAUUGUCAACAAGAUGAACCACUCUGACAACAGCUCCCAGGAGUGUGGCAGCUUUGUCCUGGCUGAGAACAUCAAGCCAGCUCGCCCUUUCAAUGUGACCGUGACCUUCUCUGGACGUUAUGAUAUCUCCUGGCGUUCAGAUUAUUAUGAAGACCCUGCCUUCUACGUGCUGAGGGGCAAGCUACAAUAUGAGCUGCAGUAUCGGAACCUCAAAGACCCCUAUGCUGUGAGGCCAGUGACCAAGCUGAUCUCAGUGGACUCAAACAACGUCUCCCUUCUCGCUGAAGAUUUCCACAAAGACUCCACCUACCAGCUGCAGGUGCGGGCAGCACCCCAGCCAGGCACUUUAUUCAGGGGGAUCUGGAGUGAGUGGAGUGACCCUGUCAUCUUUCAGACCCAGGCUGGGGAGCCCGAGGCAGACUUGGACCCUCACCUGCUGUUGCUGCUGCUUCUUCUGUUCGUCUUGGUGCCCUGCCUGAUUUUCUUGGGUCUGAAGAUCGACCUGCCUUGGAGACUAUGGAAGAAGGUUUGGCUACCAGUGCCCAGCCCUGAGAGUUUCUUCCAGCCCCUGUACAAGGAACACAGUGGGAACUUCAAGAAAUGGGUGGAUACCCCUUUCACGGCCUCUAGCCUGGAGCUGACACCACAGAGUCCCACAGCGACUUCAGUCUUACAAGUGCACGACAGCUGUUCGCCCUCAUACCCAGCCAAGGAAAAGAAGUUCCUGGGGCCGCCAGGCCUGGAAGAACAGCUGGAGUGUGAUGGGUUGUCUGAGCUUGGCCACUGCUGCACAGUCCCCUUGGCAGCCGGCCCAGGCCCCUCCGCCUACAGUGAGGAGAGAGACCGGCCAUAUGGUCUGGUGUCCAUUGACACAGUGACUGUUGGGGAUGCAGAGGGACCAUGUGCCUGGCCCUAUGGCUGUGGGGAUGACGGCUACCCAGCCCUGAACCUGGAUGCCGGUCCAGAGUCUGGCCCUAAUGUGGAGGAUCUGCUCUUGGUCACAAACACCACUUUUCUGUCCUGUGGCUGUGUCUCAGGUGGUGGCCUCAGGCUGGGAGGUACCCCAGGCAGCCUCCUGGACAGGUUGAGGCUGCCCCUUGCUCAGGAAAGGGACUGGACAGCAGGCCCACCCUGGAGAACGGGGUCCCCAGGAGGGGGGUCUGAGAGUGAGGCGGGCUCACCCCCUGGCCUGGACAUGGACACUUUUGACAGCGGCUUUGCAGGAUCAGACUGUGGCAGCCCUGUGGAGAGUGAUGAAGGGCCCCCUCGCAGCUACAUACGCCAGUGGGUGGUCAGGACCCCUCCACCUGUGGACAGCGGCGCCCAGGCCAGCUAG